GUCGUCCAAACGCAACGGUAGAAGUUGGAAUGUGUCUGUCUGAGUCAAUGAGUACAUUUCAGACUCCUGCUGCUUCAGUCACGCUGGCUGAACUUGGGAUAGAUACCAGCCUUCAGAACAAUGGAUGGACAGGCAUAUGGGAGAGAUGGAACAAAAGGAAAAGCCUGGAUAGAGGGCGAAAAAAGAAAGGAUGACGACCUGGGUCAGAAGGAAAUGUUGGUGAUGGUGAAGGAAGGAUGUGCAGUGAAGGAGGGAUCAGCGAAGGUGAAGAUGGAGGAGAGAGGUCACUGGGGCAGCAAGACGGAGUUUCUUCUGGCCGUAGCAGGGAACGUGGUGGGACUAGGUAACGUGUGGAGAUUCCCCUACCUCUGCUACAAAAAUGGUGGAGGGGCGUUCCUGGUGCCGUACCUGGUGUUUGUGAUUACCUGCGGGGUGCCCUUGUUCCUGCUGGAGACGGCCAUGGGACAGUACACUCAGGAGGGGGGCAUCACUUGCUGGAAGAGGCUGUGCCCACUGGCCGAGGGUAUCGGCUAUGCAGGGCAGUUGAUCCUCCUCUACAGCUGUAUGUGUUACAUCAUCAUUUUGGCCUGGGCUCUGUUCUACCUGGUCUUCUCCUUCAGCGCUCAGCUCCCCUGGGCAAGCUGCACCAACCCCUGGAACACUGAUGACUGUGUUGACUUCUCCUCUCAAAACCGUACUUUCAAUUGGACUGGACAGAAUAACUCAACCUCUGCAGCCACUGAAUUCUGGGAGCGUCGUGUGCUGGCCAUCUCGGGGGGCAUAGAGGAGGUGGGCAGUGUCAGGUGGGAGGUGCUGCUCUGUCUCAUCGUCAUGUGGGUCAUCUGCUACUUCUGCAUCUGGAAAGGCGUCAAGUCAACAGGCAAGGUUGUAUAUUUCACUGCUACCUUCCCCUACGCGAUGCUGCUGGUACUACUGAUCAGAGGCCUGACUCUGCCAGGGGCCCUGCAGGGGGUCCUGUUCUACCUCUACCCUGAACCAGACAGGCUCUCUGACCCCCAGGUGUGGAUGGAGGCUGGCUCCCAGAUCUUCUUCUCCUACAGUGUGGGAGUGGGCUCCUUAACCGUUCUGGGCUCCUACAAUACCUACAACAACAACUGCUACAAAGACUGCCUGUGGCUGUGCUUGCUGAACAGCGUCACCAGCGUGGUUGCUGGGUUCGCAGUCUUCUCAGUCCUGGGGUUCAUGGCUCAUGAACAGGGCGUCCCCAUUGAGGAGGUGGCGGAGUCAGGUCCUGGGCUGGCAUUCAUAGCGUACCCCCAGGCAGUAGCCAUGAUGCCCCUGCCUCAGAUGUGGGCUGCUUGUUUCUUCAUCAUGAUCAUUCUACUGGGUCUGGAUACACAGUUUGUUGCCAUGGAGGUGGUGAUGACGUCAGCAUCAGACCUGUUUCCCACGGUGCUGCGGAGGACUGGGCGCAGGGAGCUCUUCCUCCUCUUCUUCUGUCUCACCUGCUUCUUCUUCCAACUCAUCAUGGUCACAGAGGGUGGGAUGUAUGUGUUCCAGAUCUCUGUGAUCUACUUAAAGAGAGUGUUUGUCCUAGUCACACAUCUCUCCUCCUGUCCCCAGGGUGGGAUGUAUGUGUUCCAGCUGUUUGACUACUAUGCCUGUAACGGAACCUGUUUACUCUUCCUCUCUGUGUUCGAGUCCCUGGCCAUGGGAUGGAUAUUUGGUGCAGAGCGUAUGUAUGGCGUAAUAGAGGACAUGACAGGGAUGAGGCCUAACCCCAUCUUCAAGCUCUGCUGGCUCUACCUGACCCCUCUGGUUUCUCUGGUGUCGUUCAUCUGCUCUCUGGUGGAGUACCAGCCCCUGACCUUCAACCGCUGGUAUGUGUACCCAGGAUGGGUGUAUGUUCUGGGCUGGCUGUUGGCCCUCUCCUCCAUCGUCCUGGUCCCCGGGUGGGCCCUGCUGCAGAUCUGCACCGGGACAGGCAGCCUUAGAGAGCGUUUCCUCCACUUGUGUCGGCCAGACAAUGACCUCCCGUUGACCCGGAAGAGAAAGGCUGUCCUCUGGAGCAGAGAUGGAGGUACACUCAUGACUGCAGCAGGGGAUAGCACAGACAACUGACACACACCCAGAAAAGCUCUUCGUAUACUGAACGUUUAUUUUAACACCUAGCUGAACUCUUGUAUCUUUACCAACACGUUGAGAAAAACUCAUUGAUAAUGAACAAUGGUGCAUGUUUCAAUACAGUGUCAUCAUGUUCCAUAUUUGAAGUGUUGCCACCUUACAUUUGAAAGGACAUAGCUCAAGCAACCUAGAGACACUGUAGGUUGACAUUGCACAAAACAAUGUUCUUUCAACUGUCCCCACUCAGGGCUUAACAUGGGUUACUGGCAGCCCAUGACUUUCCUUUCUGAAGUCACUCAAUCCAGUUUCCAUGGUAGCAGUUGUAGUCAGAUAUAAAAUGUCAUCUAGAUUGUCAGUUUCUUAUUAUGAAAGACCACCUUUGGCUAAUAUACAGCAACUCAGACUAAUGGCAUUUUUGUUUUGUAAAUUAGUGCUUUACCUCAACGUUAACCUUCCCUUGCAUUUUUAUAAUCCUUACUAGACAUCAGAAACAGGAUGUUUUUCUAGAAACACCAAUUAAAGUAGAUAAAAAAAUGAA